AUGAGCGCGUGGUCAUCCAAGUUCGUCUCCGCGAAAGACUGGUCUCGCUUCGCCUAUGUCCAAUAUGCCACAGACGAGGUUUAUCUGUGCAACUCCGUCCUGAUAUUCGAGGCUCUCCAUCGACUGGGAGCUAGGCCAGACCGAGUUUUGAUAUACCCGAGCAGUUUUUCAAUUGAGGAGGACGAUUCUUCAUUUGAGGGCCAUCUGCUCCGUAAAGCACGCGAUGAGUAUAAUGUGAAGCUGGUGUCCAUCGACAACGAAGAUAACGUCGUCUGGAAAAAGAAGUACCCGAAGCUUCUCGCGUUUAAUCAGACCGAGUAUGACCGCGUGUUGGUCCUAGACUCGGAUUCCACUGUCCUCCAGUCCAUGGACGAUUUAUUCCUGGGCCCAUCCACCCCAGUCGCCAUGCCCAGGGCGUACUGGCUUCACCCCGAUAAUACCGCGCUUACACCUCUACUGCUACUUGCCGAACCAUCCAACGAGUUUGAUCGCAUUACGAAAGCAGUCACCAAAGCAGACCAUGACGAGUACGAUAUUAACAUCAUGGAGGAGCUAUAUGGAAACCGUUCUCUUGCUCUCCCUCACCGAAAAUUCGCACUAUUAAGCAGCGAGUUCCGGUCUGUGGCCCACGAUGCCUACUUCGGCGGCCAGAGCGAAGAAUGGGAUCCAGAGAACGCCAUACAUGAAGCACAAUUGGUCCAUUUCGCGGACUGGCCCGCCCCAAAGCCAUGGGACAGAGCUGAAGAUGAUACGCUUGAUGAAUAUCAACCGCCUUGCGACAGUAACCUAGAAACCGGCGACGAGCGUGAUUGCCGAGCACGCGACAUCUGGCUAUGGCUGUAUAACGAUUUUACUAACCGGCGAAGGGACAUCUGUGGCUUGAGGACCAUUUCAGUCCCUAAGGUGGGAUCUUCAUAA